AAAAGGAAAGGGGAGGAGUCUCGCAAGCUCCCAUCCCGCUCACGUCUUCCAUGGAGGGGAGGGAUAUCCCCAGUCCCCUUCUCUCCCCGGCCCCCACAAGCCUCAAUGGUCCUCCCCCCCAGCCUUCCCCUGGGCCCCCCUUUCCCCCCUCCUGGCCAACGUCCCCACCAGCAGCAGCAACAGGCGGAGCCCACGGAGGCUUCCCACAAGAGGGGAGAAGUGGAAUUGGGGGGGGGGGGCUUGACAGGGGUACUUCGGAGUUGGCUUCUAAGGGAUCCGGUUCGCCAAUGGGAAGCCUCCCUUCCGUUGAGGCUGUCUCCAGGCCGAAUUUCUGACUAUGACUAUCAUUCAGUGUUGUACCUGAUGAUUCUUGGCGAACGUAGCUUUUCUUUUAUGUACACUGAGAGCUUAUGCACCAAAGACCAAUUCCUUGUGCGUCAAUCACGCUUGGCCAAUCAAGAAUUCUGUUCUAUUGUAUUGUGUGCGAGAUACAGAGAAGAAGAGACGAUCCAGGACCCGGGGAGGCCCACGAUCUCCGCCUGGCUUCUCCCGGAUGCCGCUUGCACAGCUCGCUCUGAAGGGCAGCUGCAGCUCAGGGAAGAGGCUGUCCUGCAAAGCUGCCCCCACGGCCGCGAUUUCCCCCCAGAUUCCCGGAAGACUGGAAGGAUCUUUGGAGAGCCAGCGGUGCCAGUGGCUGGAAGGUCCCUUCUGAGCCUGGCAGAGAAGAGGAGAAGCAGGAAGACCUCCAGAGGGAUCCCCAAGGAUAAAAGUCAAGGUCAGGAUACCUCACUAGUGGACAAAAUGGAGUCACCGUUGUUCAUUGAAUCAUCUCCUUCUAUUGGUGAAGCUGAAAGAGUUGCUGGAUUUCCAACUCAGGGUGCUGUGUCCUUUGGGGAGGUGGCCAUCCAUUUCAAUAGUGAAGAGUGGUUGCUGCUUGAUCCCAGCCAGAAAGCCCUGCAUGAAGAAGUCAUGUUGGAAACAUCUAGGAUCUUGGCCUCUUUAGAAGCAUUUGAUGCGCAGAAGGAAAAUGACCAAGAGUCAAAUUUAAUGCCAUUGCAAAUAAUCAAAACUGAAAUUCCUGAGGAGACAUCUACAAAUAAGCGGGGAAGGAGGAAACGUGAAAAGAAGCACAAUUGGAGGGAAAAAUCUAUUCGUGAAUGUGUGGAAAUGAAUCACUUCCUGACCCAACAUGAUUCCAAAGCAAAUACGGGGAAAUGUCAAAGUAGAAAAAGAUUCAAAGCAAACCCCAAUUUUAGUAACAACUGCAAAAUUGGAAACAGCUUCAGCAGUAAUAAUCUUACUUUACAUAAAAUGAUCCAGGCAAGGGAGAAACCCUACAAUGCUAUGGACUGUGGAAAAAGUGUUGGGUGGAAAGGUAAUUUAACUUCUCAUAAAAAGAUCCACACCACAGAAACACCCUAUAAGUGCCUAGAGUGUGGAAAGAGCUUCAGGGACAACAUUUAUCUAACCUCCCACAAAAGGAUACAUACUGGAGAAAAACCCUUUAAAUGCAUAGAAUGUGGGAAGAGUUUCAGAAUUAGUGGUGACCUGAUACGCCAUAGAAGGAUCCAUUCAGGGGAAAAACCCUAUAAAUGUGUAGACUGUGGAAAAAGGUUCAGUAGGAAGGGUUCCCUUACUUCCCAUAAAAGGGUACAUAGUGAAAAACCCUUUAAAUGCAUAGAAUGUGGGAAGAACUUCAGAAUUAGUAGUGACCUGAUACGCCAUAGAAGGAUCCAUUCAGGGGAAAAACCCUAUAAAUGUGUAGACUGUGGGAAAAGGUUCAGUAGGAAGAGCUCCCUUACUUCCCAUAAAAGGAUACAUACAGGAGAAAAACCCUUUAAAUGCAUAGAGUGUGGGAAGAGCUUCACAACUAGUAGUUACCUGAUAUGCCAUAGAAGGAUCCAUUCAGGGGAAAAACCCUAUAAAUGUGUGGAUUGUGGACAAAGGUUCAGUAGGAAGGGUUCCCUUACUUCCCAUAAAAGGAUACAUAGUGAAAAACCCUUUAAAUGCAUAGAAUGUGGGAAGAGCUUCAGAAUUAGUAGUGACCUGAUAGACCAUAGAAGGAUCCAUUCAGAGGAAAAACCCUAUAAAUGUGUAGACUGUGGGAAAAGGUUCAGUAGGAAGAAUUCCCUUAUUUACCAUAAAAGGAUGCAUACUGGAGAAAAACCCUUUAAAUGCAUAGAAUGUGGGAAGAGCUUCAGCACUAGUAGUUACCUGAUAUGCCAUAGAAGGUUCCAUUCAGGGGAAAAACCCUAUAAAUGUGUAGACUGUGGAAAAAGUUUCAGUAUGAAGAAUUCCCUUACUUACCAUAAAAGGAUGCAUACUGGAGAAAAACCCUAUAAAUGUGUAGACUGUGGAAAAACCUUCAGUACAAGCAGUUACUUUACUAAGCAUAAAUUGAUCCAUGCGGGAGAGAAACCCUUUAAAUGCAUAGAGUGUGGGAAGAGCUUUAGGCAAAGUGGUAGCCUUGCUUCCCAUCAAAGGAUUCAUACAGGCGAGAAACCCUGUAAGUGUAUAGAGUGUGGAAAGAGCUACAGAAAUACGAAUCAACUGACAUCCCACAAAAGGAUCCAUUCAGGUGAAAAACCUUAUAAAUGCACAGAAUGUGGAAAACCCUUCAGGACAAGCAGUUCCCUUGCUUCUCAUAAACGGAUCCAUACAGGAGAGAAACCCUAUAAAUGCAUGGAGUGUGGGAAGGGCUUCAGGGUAAAGAGUGCUCUUACUUCUCAUAAACGGAUCCACACAGGAGAAAAACCCUAUAAAUGCCUAGACUGUGGGAAGGGCUUCAGCCAAAGCAGUGGCCUUACUUCCCAUAAACGGGUCCACACAGGGGAAAAACCCUAUAAAUGCUUGCAGUGUGGAAAGAGCUACAAAACCAGCAGUUACCUGAACUUCCAUAAACGGCUCCACAAGGGAGAGAAACCCUAUAAAUGCAUGGAGUGCGGAAAGAGCUUCGCUAUAAAGAGUUCUCUUACUUGUCAUGAAAGAAUCCACACAGGAGAGAAGCCUUAUAAAUGUCUAGAGUGUGGGAAGAGUUUCAGCCAAAGCAGUCAAUUUAGUUUCCAUAACCGGAUGCAUACAGGGGAAAAACCUUAUAAGUGCACAGACUGUGGAAGGACCUUCGCUGCAAGUGGCUAUCUGAUUUACCAUAAAAGGACCCACACAGGAGAGAAACCUUAUAAAUGCCUGGAAUACUGUGGAAAAGGAUUCGGUUCAAAUAGUUCCCUUACUUAUCAUGAAAGGAUCCAUAGGGGAGAAAAACCCUAUGAAUGCCUAGAGUGUGGGAAGAGCUUCAUACAAAGCAGUGACCUUACUUCCCAUAAAAGGAUCCAUACAGGGGAAAAACCAUAUAAGUGCAUGGACUGUGGAAAAAGCUUCAGUUCGAAUAGUUCUAUUAAUUAUCAUAAAAGGAUCCAUACAGGAGAGAAACCCUAUGAAUGCAUUGAGUGUGGGAAGAGCUUUAGCAAAAGCAGCGUCCUUACUGCCCACAGAAGGAUGCACACAGGAGAGAAACCCUACAAAUGCAUAGAUUGUGGGAAAUGCUUCAGUUUGAACAGUUCCCUAACUUCUCAUAGAAGGAUCCAUACAGGAGAGAAGCCAUAUAAAUGCAUAGAGUGUGGUAAAAACUUCAGCAAAAGCUGUUACCUGACUUCCCAUAAAAGGAUCCAUACAGGAGAGAAACCCUUUCAAUGCAUGGAGUGUGGGAAGAGCUUCAGCAAGAGCAGUGUCCUUACUUCCCACAAAAGGAUCCAUUCAGGGGAAAAACCUUAUACAUGCGCGGACUGUGGAAAGACCUUUCAUGGCCGUGGCCACCUGAUGUCUCAUAGGAGGAUUCACACAGGAGAGAAACCCUAUAAAUGUCUGGAGUGUGGAAAGAGCUUCAGUCAUAGUGGUUCCCUUACCUCCCAUAAAAGAGUCCACACAGGAGAGAAACCGUAUAAAUGUGUGGACUGUGGAAAGAGCUUCAGUCGAAGCAGUUCCCUUACUUGCCAUAGAAGAAUCCACUCAGGAUUCAAACCUUAUAUAUGCAAUCAAUGUGGGAAGAGCUUUAGUACAAGCAGCUCUCUUACUUACCACAUUAGUAUCCACACAGGGAAGAAACUAUAUCAGUGCACAGAGUGUGGGAAGAGCUUCAGGUUGAAAAGUCACCUAAAUUCCCAUAAAAAGAUCCACACAGGGUUGAAACCUUAUAAAUGUAUGGAAUGUGGAAAGAGUUUUUCUGAAAACAGGACUCUUAUUUGUCAUGAAAGAAUCCACACAGGGGAGAAAAAAUAUGCAUGCAUGUUGUGUGGAAAGAAUUUCAUGUGGAGCAAUCAACUUACUUCCCAUAAAAGGACCCAUGUGGAGGAGAUGCCUUUAGUGACUGAAGUGUCUUUAAUUCAUGUAAACGGAUCCACUAUGAUAUGAAACGUUAUAAAAACAUGGAAUGCAGGCAGAACUUUAGUCAAGAAUUGCGAACUGAUUCAUGUUAAAACACUUGAUGUGCAGGACUAUAUAUCUGCAGGACUAACUUUCCCUGAGGAUAUCUGUCUGAUGUUGUAAAUUACUCAGAGGGUGCUCUAAAGCACUAUAGAGUGGUAUGUAAGUCUUAAGUGCUAUUGCUAUUUUCCUGUUCCACUGGAACAAUAGGGUUGUCCCUUCUCUUAAAUAUUGCCAUCUUGAGGAUCCUCAGAAGCUGCCAUUUCUGUUUCAGAGUCUGCCCUAUGGAACACAGUCUCCAAGAUCUGAUUGCCUCUGCUUCUUUUAUCCUUCCAGAGCCUUUAAAAUGGGUGCUCACUUAGAGAAGUGAGGCUGAGGCACUUUUUUUUUGCUGUUUGCUUUUAUAUUGUUUUAUUGGCUAUAAGUUGUUUUAAGAUUGGCAUCUAUAUAAAUGUUUAAAGUUUUAAGUAAGUAUAUACAGGUAACCCUCGCUUACUGACAAUAUUAAGCCAGUAGUCAUAAAUUGAAACAUCUUAACGACUGUGCUGGUCUUACAUCAGGUGGUCAAUUCCACUUGUAAUUAUUAAUCAAAUCCCCUGUGAUCAUAAAGCACAAUGUGAAAUUAUUGCAGUAUGUGAUUUCUUGAAGCUUCCACAUUGACUUUACUUAUGAGAAGCUGGCUAAUUUAAUGUUUGAUUAUUGUGCCCUGAAAUCAGGGUCAGCUCUUGUGACUAUAGAGACAGGUAGUCCUUGGCUUACUACAAUUGGAUUGGAACUUUCACUGCAAAGCAGUUGGUCACUAAGCGAGUAACUGCAAAUGUUGACCUUUUUUGCCUCAGUUGUUAAGUGAAUCCGGCUUCUCCCAUUGACUGGCUGGCUGGGAAAGUCACAAAAGGUAAGCACACACAACCCCAGGAUGCUGCUGCAACUCUUGUAAAUACAUGCCAGCUGUCAAGCACCCUAAAUUGCAAUCAUGCUGUGGUUGUAAGUGUGAAGAUCGACAGUGUCACUUUUUUGAGUGCCGUCACAACUUUGAAAGGUCACAAAUAAACGGUUGUAAAAUGAGGAUUACCUGUAGAGAUUUUGCCCAAGAUAAUCUAUCCCCAACUGGCUCCUUCAGAUUUUCCAACAAUGCUCCACUGCCACUGUAGCCAAGACAAUCAGGUGGAUGGCACUCUGUUAAAAAGAGAAGCCAUGAGAAGCUGCUAGAACCACUGCAAGUAGAAAAGACCAAAUAAAGUUUAGAAUACUCACUUAGACAUCCCCUAUGUGGAAAUGUGCCCAGAGACCAAGCAAAACUGGCCCAAAAUCAUGACUUCCUAUGGGAUGCCUUGAACCAAUUAAAACUGCUAGUAUAAUCUGAGAUCUGUGAGGUUUAUAAACUUGUUGGUAUGAGGGCCCACCAGAGAUUCCUUGGUUUGUUCCUCUAGUCCCCAGUGUGGAUUUUCCCCCCCUCUUGUUACAGAAAUAAAAGUUUUAAGUAUA